AUGACAGCAACCAUACCGAAUCGAAGGCGGACAAGAAGGGGUUGUUCCACAAAGACUAUCCUGUUCAAAGCGACACUGUAUGGCUGCGCCUUGAUGUCGUUGGUUGCCCAUGGCGAACCGCAGGCGUUGAUCAGGUCACCGUGGAAUGUGGAACCGUGGAAUUUGCUACCCUUUGCAUUCCAUACUACAGCCCAAAAUCAACGAGAGAGUGUUGUUUCAUUCCAUAACGACUGGAAGCAUCACCAACAGCAGCAGCAAUAUGACCCAAGUCACGAUGCUUUUCGUGAUAGUGUUUCCUCAUUGUUCGGGCCUUUCCCUGAAGGAGCACCUUCCUUUGGGUUUCCCGAUGCAAUUUUUCACGCUUUAUCAGAUGACGGCUUGUUGUCUCUUGAACUGUCAGUUCUUUCUGAUCUGAACGACUAUGGUGGCAGCUCCGAAGCUUGGACUUUCGUCAAUUGCGAAUUGGAAUGGGGCGACGAGCAAACUAUUUGGACGGAUGAAAGCACUGGCCAUGUGCUGCCAGACCCAACCGAUGUACCGAUAGUAGAAACAAGUCAUCUCGAGCAACUGGUUCAUGGCAUGGAACCAAUCAAGCUCUUUCAUUUUGACCUUCCCUCGGAUGAAUUGCCUCCAUCACACGCAGAGGAGCCUCCUUCCUUUCUGCCUCUGUGGUUUGAGGAUUACUGGCAGUACGACUCUCACUCCUGUGAUUCCUCCCUGCCAGAGUUUUUGCCAUUUACGCCAUUUCCAACCAUGUUCCCUUAUUUCGAAUCCUGCGGCGGGAGCGUUUACUACGGAGGACACAAUAGUACCACUACCGCGAGAAGCUCUUCUUCUACGAUUGCCUCCGAAGAGGAGCUUGACGACGACAGCCUUUCUGUGGAUACCGACGGCAACGAAGGUUGA